AUGAAGCUAAAAACUUUACGACAUCUGCUUCUAAACGCACUUCACCAACUUGUUGAGAAUGCUGGUGAGUGUAUGGUCCUUGACAAUGAAGCUCUUUACGACAUCUGCUUCCGCACUCUGAAGCUUGCUACACCCACUUCUGGUGACCUGAACCAUCUCAUCUCUGCAACCAUGAGUGGUGUUACCUGCUGCUUGCGGUUCCCAGGCCAGCUGAACUCUGACCUCCGGAAGCUUGCAGUCAACUUGAUACCCUUCCCUCGCCUCCAUUUCUUCAUGGUUGGCUCUGCACCACUGACAUCAAGGGGAUCCCAGCAGAACCGUGCCCUCACCGUCCCCGAGCUGACCCAGCAGAUGUGGGAUGCCAAGAACAUGAUGUGCGCUGCCGACCCACGACACGGACGCUACCUGACAGCAUCGGCCAUGUUCCGUGGGAAGAUGAGCACCAAGGAGGUGGACGAGUAG